AUGCAUUUUUGUAGAGAUUUUUAAGUGAAAAUUAAUACAUCAAGAUUAGUAGAGUUAUUCAAAAAGCAAGCUAAGAAUUCAAAGGAACUUAAUUUUGAUUAGUUUGUUUAAUUAUUAAAUGUCUUAGCAGGAGAAGAAGGAAUAAAUUAUGUGUAAUACUUAACAAAUUUAGGAUUAAAUAACUGGAAAAUUUGUAUUUAAAAAAUGAAAACAUUUCAAAGACCAUUUUAAAUGAAAGAUAAAACUGAAAGAAUUAAAGAUAUCAAAUAUCAAUUUAAAAUAUAUCAUCCAGAUGUCAAAAAUGAUGAAUAAAUCAAAUAAAUUUUAUUAUAAAGGAAAUAAUAAAAUGAAUAAUAGAAACUCAUUGAAAGAAAAAAGAAAGCAUUUUACAAAUUAUAAUUUGAAUUAAAACAUUUUACUAAAUCUUAACUACUUACUAAGUAUCCUAAUUUAACUGAACUUAUUGAAAAAUUACCAGAUCCUUAAAAGCCUAAAUCCUGUUAAUUUAAAGAAUAGGAUUAGAGUUUGAAUGUAUCUUAAGAAAGACAAUCUGGUCUUACAUGGGAAAGUUUAAAUAAAUUACCAUUGGUAACAGAUUUUCUUAAAGAUUUAAUGGAUCAAUAAGAAGAAGAAGAUGAUAUAUAUUUAUAAGAAUAUUAAGAACAAAAGUUUUUAAAUAAUUCCUCUAAAAAAAUUAUAAAAAGUAAUAGAUAUCACAGUAUACCUGGAUAUCAAAAUGAGAGAUAAAAGAGAUCUGUUUCAGAUCAUAAAUAAAUUAUUAAGAUUUCAAGAUAAGAUGAAUAAAAUUCAAUUGAAAGAUUAAAUGAAUUUGAAAUAUAAGGUAAAAUAAUAAAAUUUAAAACAACAACAAAUAAUGUAGAAAAUAAAUAGAGCAAUAAUUUUAUUUCUUUACAAUAACUGAACUCAAAUUAAAUAAGAUAAAAAAUUUUAAGAUAAUAAAAGUAACAAUUAUAACAAUAAAAUUAUUCAGUUGAAAUGCCAAGAUAAAAUACAUCAUUAGAAUAUAAUGAUCCUCAUUUUGUAAAAGAUAAGUCUAUUCCAAAUAAAUUGAAUAUUNUAGCAAUUAUAUAUAUAAAAAUAAUGAUUAUGCAAAACAAAGAAGUUUUACACAGAGUUUUUGACUUCUAUUGUAAACAGUAGUAUGUAUAGGGAUAAUUUGCUACAUUUGAUAGAUAAUAAUAUGAAGCAACUAUAUUUACUAUUGGUAAGUGGAUGCAUUUUUGUAGAGAUUUUUAAGUGAAAAUUAAUACAUCAAGAUUAGUAGAGUUAUUCAAAAAGCAAGCUAAGAAUUCAAAGGAACUUAAUUUUGAUUAGUUUGUUUAAUUAUUAAAUGUCUUAGCAGGAGAAGAAGGAAUAAAUUAUGUGUAAUACUUAACAAAUUUAGGAUUAAAUAACUGGAAAAUUUGUAUUUAAAAAAUGAAAACAUUUCAAAGACCAUUUUAAAUGAAAGAUAAAACUGAAAGAAUUAAAGAUAUCAAAUAUCAAUUUAAAAUAUAUCAUCCAGAUGUCAAAAAUGAUGAAUAAAUCAAAUAAAUUUUAUUAUAAAGGAAAUAAUAAAAUGAAUAAUAGAAACUCAUUGAAAGAAAAAAGAAAGCAUUUUACAAAUUAUAAUUUGAAUUAAAACAUUUUACUAAAUCUUAACUACUUACUAAGUAUCCUAAUUUAACUGAACUUAUUGAAAAAUUACCAGAUCCUUAAAAGCCUAAAUCCUGUUAAUUUAAAGAAUAGGAUUAGAGUUUGAAUGUAUCUUAAGAAAGACAAUCUGGUCUUACAUGGGAAAGUUUAAAUAAAUUACCAUUGGUAACAGAUUUUCUUAAAGAUUUAAUGGAUCAAUAAGAAGAAGAAGAUGAUAUAUAUUUAUAAGAAUAUUAAGAACAAAAGUUUUUAAAUAAUUCCUCUAAAAAAAUUAUAAAAAGUAAUAGAUAUCACAGUAUACCUGGAUAUCAAAAUGAGAGAUAAAAGAGAUCUGUUUCAGAUCAUAAAUAAAUUAUUAAGAUUUCAAGAUAAGAUGAAUAAAAUUCAAUUGAAAGAUUAAAUGAAUUUGAAAUAUAAGGUAAAAUAAUAAAAUUUAAAACAACAACAAAUAAUGUAGAAAAUAAAUAGAGCAAUAAUUUUAUUUCUUUACAAUAACUGAACUCAAAUUAAAUAAGAUAAAAAAUUUUAAGAUAAUAAAAGUAACAAUUAUAACAAUAAAAUUAUUCAGUUGAAAUGCCAAGAUAAAAUACAUCAUUAGAAUAUAAUGAUCCUCAUUUUGUAAAAGAUAAGUCUAUUCCAAAUAAAUUGAAUAUUUCAAUGCUUAAGAGAGUUUAAUAAAUUUCUGGUUUGGAAGCUAUAAAAGAAUAAAAUUUAUUAAAUUAAAUAAUUUCAUAAUAGAGAGAGAAAAUAAAAAUAGCUUAGAAGUGA